AUGCCUUCAAACGAGGAGUCCGCCCUCGACGCCUUGGAUGCAGUGAACUACGAUCCGGUCGACCAUCUAAACGCUAUCUUCUCACACCCCUCCACCCUCUCCUCCGUCUCCCAGAUCUCCGACGCUCUCCACACCUACGAAGAUGAAUUGGACUCCGACAUUGGUACCCUUGUGGAAGAACAGGUCACCUCUAAUGCCGAGAGUGUUGAACGCAUACAGACAGCCAAGGCUGAUCUGUCAGAGUUGUUUAAAAAGAUUGAUGAUGUCCGCGAACGCGCCAUCAAGACCGAACAAGCCAUUACCGACAUGACCGCCGAUAUCAAACAGUUGGACAAUGCGAAAAAGAACCUCACUCUGUCUAUGACAGCGCUGAAACGCCUUCAGAUGCUGACCACUGCUUAUGAUCAGCUUCAGGCGCUUAGCCGGACGCGACAGUAUCGGGAUUGCGCACAACUCCUCCAGGCGGUAAUCCAGCUGAUGGCUCAUUUCAAAUCGUAUCGAUCAAUCGACCAAAUUGCAAUUUUGAGUCGGAAUGUUGCGGAUAUCCAGCGAGAUCUCCUAGAGCAGGUCUGCGAAGAUUUUGAGAUGGCAUUUUCUAAGGGAGAAGUGAUGCAGCGCAAGAUCAUUCUUUCAGAGGCAUGCUUAGUUGUGGAUGCACUCGGCGAGCAUGCUCGUUCCCGACUUGUGACAUGGUACUGCAACACUCAGUUACGCGAAUAUCGCCAAGUCUUCCGGAAUAAUGAAGAGGCUGGCUCCCUCGAUAAUAUUUCUCGUCGAUACUCAUGGUUCCGGCGUAUUUUGAAGAUCUACGACGAGGAGAACGCUGCGAUCUUCCCAGCCCCCUGGCGUGUUAACGAAAUAUUGGCCAAUGUCUUCUGCGAGGGAACUCGAGAUGAUUACAAGGGCAUUCUCUCACGGUCCGUACGCAGUGGCCAAACGAUCGAUGUCAAUUUGUUACUUUCGUGCUUGCAAGAAACUCUUGACUUUGAGCAAUCUCUUGAGCGUCGCUUCACACCUCCGCGACCAUCUGCAGAUACAUUCGCGUCCACUGAAACUCCAGCAUUCAGCCAGUCGAUUUCCGAGGCAUUUGAGCCGUAUUUGAGUGUUUGGGUUGACGCGCAAGACAAGCAGCUGGCUGGACUACUGCCUAAAUAUCGUCAACAGCCCCUGAAAGCUCCAGAUGAGGAGUUCAAUUCCCACACCGUGGUCUCGUCGUCUACUGAACUAUUUACGUUCUAUCGGCACUCUCUACAACAAUGCGCAAAGCUUUCAACAGGUGGGAGUCUAGCAGAGCUCGCAAAGGUAUUCGCUAAAUACCUCGACCAAUAUGCUCAGCAGGUUCUUCUCAGUUAUAUCAGUGAACGUCCAUCGGGCCAUACACCGUCUAGAGUGCCAUCGAUAGAAGAGUUGGUUACAGUUCUUAAUACUGCCGAUUACUGCUAUUCUACGUGCACCCAGCUGGAAGAAAAGAUCAAAGGCCGACUAGAUGAAAGUCUGAAGGAAUCGGUCGACCUACAGAGCCAGGCCGAUUCAUUCAUGGGAAUUGCGUCUGCGGCUGUUCGAGGGCUUGUAAAGCAAGUGGAAAUUGAUCUGGAGCCGUCCUGGCGAGAAAUGCGCAACACGCCUUGGAGCAGGAUUGAGGCCGUCAGCGAUCAAAGUUCCUAUGUGGGAGAAAUGCUCUCACGGACAAAAGAAAGGGCAUCGCAUAUCCUCGAAAUGCUGCACAAACAGCAAUAUGCUCGAGCCUUCUCCGAUCAUCUUGUGGAAUUGAUGUCCAGUCUAUUCAUCAGCAAUGUCUUCCAAUGUAGACCUGUUUCUGAAACGGGGGCUGAGCAGAUGCUCCUUGACUCCUACACUCUCAAGAGUGGUCUCUCGUCUCUCCUUCCCGCCCCUGCGCCUGCAGGCUUCGUCAAGCGUGUGAACAGCAGCUUUUUCAAGAUUGAGACUCUCCUCAAAACCCUACAAGUCCGGCCUUCUCCACCAGAGGCCCUUGUCCAAGCAUACCUCAUUCACAUUGCGGACCGCAACAAUAACAACUUCCGUAAGAUCCUCGACCUCAAAGGUAUUCGCAGUCGCCAAGAACAAAAUCACCUAGUGGAGCUGUUCCAGCUCCAUCGUGCAUCAGACCGAUUUGCUUCCAGCCUCCAGCAGAACAACCCUAUCCUCGCAGGUUUGCAAGCUCCAGCGGCCACGACCACUGGCUCGGUUUCAACAGGUCUUGGCCUGAGCGGCACUCCGUCUAUGUCUAUGCCCUCUCGUUUUGACGCCACCAUGCUCGGCUCCGCCCUCAUAUCUGCAGCGAAAGACGGUGUCGAUCGAUUUGGAAAUCCCAGCCUGAGCACCCUGGGCACCACAGGCGCUGUCGGUGGUACCUCUUCUAAUUCCGGCAUGGGUGGUACAUCCGGAGCUUCGUCUCCUGCUCCGCCUCCCUUGAAUCAGCAGAGUGGUCAUGCUCAUACCCCAUCAGAGUCCACGGCUGCUGGAAAUCUCAACGAAAACCUCAAGAAUAUUGGCAAAUUCUUCCGCCGUGAUCUGGGAGGCUUUGGGGGCCGCUUCGGGCGUGGCGCCGAUGAUGUAUAG